ACGCCGGGAUGGCCGCUCUCAUGCUUCUCUCUGGUAUUAUAGAGCUCACUGUGCAUGAUCGAAAAGUAUGGACAAAUCUUUUAAAAUGCAAAAGACGAAAGAGAAAAAUAAAUCACGAUCUUCAUCAUCUGCCGAUUACGUUGAUAUGUUAACCGAUGGGGAUGUAGGCAAAGAUUUUGGUACUCUCAUAAACGCGCCGCUUUCAAAAAAUGGACAUUUCGUCUUUAAAUCAGAGAAAGCUUGGUCCGUCGACUCGUCACAGUACUCGGAAUUCUUCAUCUUAAACCUAAAAACAUUAUCGAUCGCGAUCGACUGUAUUCCAUUUAACGAAUAUAUUAACGUAAACGACAGGUAUUUUACAAGCGAUCAAUUGACGAAUAUAAAUAAUGAUGCUGAGAAAGGAAAAGCCACAUAUAAUACAAUUUUUUACCCAAAUGUGUCGAGUUCAUCAAAUAUUGUAUAUUCGAAAAAUGAGAUGAACGAGAAUACGAAGAUCGAUCAAUCGAAAAAUUUGGAGUUGACAACAAACACAAAAUCCCCAUCAGAAGAUGGUAUUGAUAAUUUAGAAGACAUAGAUUUUUUAUUAUCUUUAAAAGAACCAGUCCAGAGUAAUCCAACAAUUUCUCCAGCACAGCUUAUUUUUAUAUCUCAUAACGAUUCCAAAGCAAAGCCAAAAAGUACUCAAAUUAAACCAAUUGAUUUAGAAAAAUGGCUAGAUACUGUCUUGGAUGAUUAAUUAUUUUUCUAUAUUGUGUUGAAAUAUAAAGAUUAUUAAGAUUAUUAUUAUAUAAAAAAAGAGGAAAGAAGACAAAUAAAUUAAAACUAUUA